CAAAAAGAAAAAUGACGUUUCCUGGAAUUGAAAAUCAAACUCUUCUACCAUACAGGCCACAGCCGUAACCAGCCAAAAUCUUUGCCUUCAAAGCCCAUACAUGAAUCAGUGCCAGCAAUUCUUAGAGCCAGCAUUAUUACACAUAUAUGUUUUUCCUAUUAUGGCUUCGAUUCCUCGUCAUCAUGGUUAUCAUUCACAGAAUUUUGAGAAUCUUUUUAGGGGUUCUCCAGUUCAGUGAUGAUAUACUACUGAAUCGACUUCUAGGUCUGCCAAUACAUUCUCAAUUUUGAAGAAAUUUCAUUAGUAAUCCGAACUGUUUCAGGAAGUGAGAAUGAGACUGGAAACGAAUCUAUCGAGGAAACGGAACAGGGCGUCGUGGGCGGGUGGUAAUCCUUGUCAGGUGAAGCUUUUUCUUGCCAAAGAUUCUCAUUCAGAUGUUAGUGAUGAGCGAUUGCAAGGUCAAUUGAAGUCAUCAGGGAUGUUGUGUCCACCAAAAGUUGGUGCCGUGCUAUCUCAUUGUCAUGUGAGGUCAUCAGGGCUAUGGCGAUCAAAUGAUAUGGAAUCUCAAGCCCACUUCCCCGGGUCUAAAGGCUGCCCCAAUGUCUGUGAUAAACCGUUCCGCAUCCCUCAAAUUAAGUGGAAGUGCCCACCAAAAUUCAUUAUGCGUCACAACUGGCUUGUUGCAGCCGGUGAAGAAAGCCUGGAGAGAGACUCUCAGAAACUGAGGGAAAUGAGAUUGCCCGAAGCAGUUUAUCCGAGUCUGUCUCACAUUCCUCCCAGCCCUUCUGUUUCAUUGGACAUAGAAGACCAACACUAUGAUGAUAGUCUUACACCUGAAGUACCAUUGAUCAAUGAAGAAGAAGAGGCUAUAGUUAUACCAUCUGAUUUGGUUGCACCACUGAAUACCUCUACAGCUGACCACCUGCCUGCCGGGCCUCAACAUCUAUCAUCAUCGAAAACUCCUAACACCCUUGCUUUUGAGCCUGCUGCCAAUCAAAAACCCACAUCUGGAUUGCUACAUGAUGUUGGUGAAAAAUGUUCUCCUAAAACUCUACCUGCCUGUCAAAAACCCUCUUCUGAAUUACUACGUGCCUUAGAUAUACCUGCACCAGAGCUGCUAACUGAUCUAAUUACAGCAGCAGAAGCUGCUGUAACUGCAAUCGUUAAAAGUAAGGAGGAAGGAAGUAUGAUCGACACAGAUUUGCUCAUUAAAAUCUUUAGUGACCCAAUUAUGAUUCAGCAACUGAUGAAAGAAAAUGGGGCUUCUUCCGGCACAGAUACACCAACGUUGUCAUCAAAACCCCUUACUGGAUUGGUCAGUGCAUCAUACCCAAAACCUGAAAUGGUCCUGUCACCCAUGCCUGCAACUAGAAGCUCGCACGAUGUACAGGUACGGCCAACUGUAACUAGGAUGUCUCCUCAGGCACAAUUGCGGUCCAUAACUAGGAUGUCUCCUCAGUCACAGUUGCAGCCAACUGUAAUUAGGAUGUCUCCUCAGCCACAGUUGCGACCAACCAUAACUAGGACGUCUCCUCAGCCACAGUUGCGGCCAGUGGUAACUACGAUGUCUCCUCAGCCACAGUUGCGGCCAGUGGUAACUAGGACGUCUCCUCAGCCACAAUUGCAGCAAACUGUAACUAUGAUGUCUCAGCCACAGUUGCAGCCAACUGUAACUAUGAUGUCUCCUCAGCCACAGUUGCGACCAACUGUAACUAGGAUGUCUCCUCAGCCACAGUUGCAGCCAAUGGUUACUAGGAUGUCUCCUCAGCCACAAUUGCAGCCAGUGGUAACUAUGAUGUCUCCUCAGCCACAGUUGCGGCCAAUGGUAACUAGGAUGUCUCCUCAGCCACAAUUGCGGCCAACUGUAACUAUGAUGUCUCCUCAGCCACAGUUGCGGCCAACAGUUACUUGGACGUCUCCUCAGCUAGGUUAUAUGCCAGUAUCUGGGGUAGAUUUUGGGGUAAAGCAAGUAGCUCCAUCAGUUCCUUUAGUUGGGCCAGAACCUAGCCGAGUCUUGCCACCCUAUCCAUUAGUUGGAAUGGAAAUUGGAAACAUGUUCUUGAAACCUAAUGGGAUGGAGGCAAACUUGCCUGCAAUGUCUGUUCAAACUGGCAGCUUUCCAGUCACUUCUUUCACUGCCAUGAACCCCAGUUCUUUGCACAGAUCGCCUGUCCAAUCGAAUGGUUUUCCAGUACCUUCUUUUGUGGGUAUGCAAAACAAUCAGGUGAAGAAUAAAGACUACAUUAAGAGCCUCAUCAGGGAACAUGGAGUUCAACAGGAAGAACCUCAGGUUGGGCAUAUACCACCAUAUACUGCUAGCCAUCAUAACCUGGAGAGAGAAUUCAAACCGAAGAUUCAGAAGCCUUGCAUAUUCUUUAAGAGCUCCCGGGGAUGUAGGAAUGGCGUGUCUUGUCAGUUCUUGCAUGAAACAUGCAGUAGCACAUUGGAGGCCCCUAAUCCAAAGAGAAUGAAGCUAGGCCUGGGGGGAAAUGUGAAAAGCUGAGGCAUUGAAACCCGCAAGGAUGUAUGUCAUCGACAACAAAUAUUGAGUGGACUAUGUAGAGGUUUGAACGUGAGAAUGAAAGGGAUGGGAGACAUACAGACUUGAGAGAGAUUUUGAACAAAUUAGUUUCACAGAAGUUCAUAACAGUGUUUUUAAUGACAAAUUUUUUGUUUGUUCUUUUGUUUAA